GAUGAUGUGAGGCAGAAAGUGCACCUCAACACCUUUGGCUUCUUCAAGGAUGGUUUCAUGAAAGUCAAUGUCAGCAACCUUUCAUUAAAGCCACCUGUGGACAUUAAUGACAAGGAUAAAUUAUUAGUGGGGUUCAGUUUGGAUCGAACAAGAAAUGAUGGGUUCUCCACUUACCUGGAUGAAGAAGUGGAUUACUGUAUCUUGAAAAAGAAAACAGAGCAAGAUGUUUCUGUUGUAAUCUUACUUCUGGACUUCAGUACUGAAGUUGUGAAAGUAAGGUUCUCUGCAGAAGCUGCUUCUUUGUUACCGAAGAUUUCAUUCAUACCUGAGGAAAAUGUUACUGCCUCAAGUACCAAGCUGCUAAAAACUUCUGAACAGAGCAGCAGUUCUGGUAAGGAGCCUACAAAGACCAACCAGAAUAUAAACAGCAGGGAUAAGAAGUCUGAACACAGUACAACGCCCUCCCAGAACAUAGUAGAACAAGAACAUCCUGUUCACAGUGACAGAGGAACUUUUUCAUUUCAGUUUUUUUUUAACAUCAGCUCUGAUAACCAAGAAGGUCUCUACAGCCUGUAUUUCCACAAAUGUGUUGGCGGUAAAGGGCAAACUAAAGAACAGCGGCUCUUUAGUCUCGAUAUAGAAAUUACGGAAAAGAAUCCUGAAAGCUACCUCUCAGCGGGUGAGAUCCCACUGCCAAAACUUUACAUUUCCAUGGCUCUCUUCUUCUUCCUAUCGGGGACUGUAUGGAUCCACAUACUUCGCAAACGCAGAAAUGAUGUCUUCAAGAUUCACUGGCUAAUGGCAGCCCUCCCUUUCACAAAAUCUCUGUCCUUAGUCUUCCAUGCGAUCGACUAUCACUACAUUUCUUCUCAGGGAUUUCCUAUCGAAGGCUGGGCUGUUGUUUAUUACAUCACUCACCUACUGAAGGGUGCUCUCCUGUUCAUCACUAUUGCUCUUAUUGGCACAGGCUGGGCUUUCAUUAAACACAUCCUGUCAGACAAAGACAAAAAAAUUUUCAUGAUUGUCAUCCCGCUUCAGGUACUGGCAAAUGUUGCGUACAUUAUCAUAGAGUCAACAGAAGAGGGGACAACUGAAUACGGGCUGUGGAAAGAAAUCCUUUUCCUGGUAGACUUGCUGUGUUGUGGAGCCAUCCUAUUUCCAGUGGUAUGGUCAAUAAGACAUUUACAGGAGGCUUCAGCAACAGAUGGGAAAGCUGCCAUUAACCUAGCAAAGCUGAAGCUGUUCCGACAUUACUAUGUUAUGAUUGUGUGUUACAUUUACUUCACACGGAUCAUUGCAAUUCUCAUAAAGAUUGCUGUUCCAUUCCAGUGGAAAUGGCUGUACCAGCUGCUGGAUGAAAUGGCCACGCUUGUAUUCUUUGUUCUCACCGGGUACAAGUUCCGUCCAGCGUCAGACAACCCUUAUCUACAGCUUUCUCAAGAGGAUGAGGAUGACUUGGAGAUGGAAGCUGUGGUGACGACUUCUGGAGUAAUGGAGGGCAUGAAGAAGGUCAAGAAAGUAGUGAAUGGUUCAGCAGAGCCCCAGGGCGAGGGGGAAAGCACGGCGUGACAGGCUGGACUGAAGCGGCACUUUCAGAGAAACUUUUUUUAAUUUAUUAAUAUUACUCUCAGUGGAAGGGGAGCAGCAAGCACUUCCCAACACUGAAACUGCAGAGUGGGGUGUAUCUAGGGGGAGCAAAGCAGCAGAGAAAUAUUAACUAUUCCUGGGAUCAUAAGAAAACGGGAUUUCUUGGUACCUGCAAGCAGCGUGAAGCUUUCCUAGGGAUUUUGGGUAGCAUUAUUUUUUUUUUUUUUCUGCCCUCCCCCUUUCGGGAUCGGUUAGGCAUUCUGAGUUGUUUGCAGUUGCGUUCUUCAGAAUGUGUAAUGCUAAUGUGAAGAGAGACCUUUAGUGUGUAUGUAAAGUAUAUAUUUUAUAUAAUGCGCGUAUAUAUGUAUACACACACUUGCUAUGUAACACUUAUGCUGGGAAAUACAAGGCGUGUCAGAAGGU